AUCAAACAUGUAGACCAGAUCGAUUAAGUUGUUUAUCCUCCAAGAGCUUCAAAUCUGAAGAAACUUGAACAUAUAACUGUCCCACGUGAUUGUAGAAAGUGGACCUCUACCUCGCUUAACAAUUUCCAAAGUCAUCCGAUUCCCCAUCCUCGACCACCCAUUCCGUCUCGUACGCAGCUCUACCCUCUACAAUCUGCACCUACACUUACACGCACCCAUAACACCUCUCGAUUUCUGCCCCUCACAAUCCUCCCCGCCGCAAGCAUGCUCCGCACAUCAAUUGCCCGCGCCGCCAGCGCCCGUGCUGCCGGAUCUGUUGUCCGAAAUCAGGUUCGAUGUGCUUCAUCUCAUGCAAUCAGUAAUCCUACCCUGGCCGAUAUCGAGAAGAGGUGGGAGGGCAUGCCGCCGCAGGAACAGGCUGAGCUUUGGAUGAGCUUGAGGGAUCGUAUGAAGAUUAAUUGGGCUGAGUUGACUUUACAAGAGAAGAAGGCUGGUAUGUGAGGUUCUUUUUUCCCCGCGAUAUAUGGAUCUUAUAUACAAGAUGUUCUGGAACGGAGAGAGGUGGUUGGAUAAGCUUCGGAGAACUGCAAAUUGGGCCAGCUUAUUUUAGGAGUUGAUGGUUGGGAAGUUGCAGGGUAUAAUAUAUCUGGUAGAGAUGAAGAUCGGGAUUAAGUUCGGGAAAGACAGCAAUGCUAACUGAUAUUCAUGAACAGCUUACUAUAUUGCCUUUGGCGCCCACGGACCAAGAGCUCAAACUCCUCCAGGAGAAUCAUGGAAAGUUCUCGGAUACACAUUGGGUGGAGUUGGUGUUUCUCUCGCCCUCUUCCUUCUCAUUAGAUCAUUCGCCAAGGGAAGCCCAUCUACUAUGAACAAGGAGUGGCAGGAGGCUACUAAUGAGUACUUGAAGGUAUGUACAUUUUUUUUAAAUUCUACAAAUCUCAUUUUCAGCGAGGAUAUUUUUAUUUUGGACUCGAAUCUAUUCAAAGCAAAUGAGAGAUUAAAUCUAACAUACUUUUUACCACAGUCACAAAACUCCGAACCUAUCAGUGGUAUAUCCUCAGAAGGGUACUCCGGCCCCGGUCAAGUGCAAUCCGCUCCCAAGAAGAAGUAAAUCCUUCCUUCAACCGGCUAUACAUAAAGCCAGAAAAGAAAAGAACUCAACCUCGUUUCCUCCGCUCAGAAUCCUGGAAACUUGCUAAUCAAAACUACCUGCAUACAAACCUUAUUUUUCUUUUGUUGGAUGAAUGUAAGCCUUGGAAGAUGGAUGGGAUAGAAAUGGAUGGAACAUUGAGAGAUGGUUGGGGAGGGGAGGGAUUUCUCGUAAAGAAAAUCAUGGAUGGGAAGGAAAGUUUUGUGCAUAGAAUUUGAGGAGACGAGAAAAUGAGGAGUAGAAUGAGAAGAUGAUGAAUGAGCGGCAGGGAUAAGAGAUCGAAUUUUUACAAUGCAGCAUUUGUACAACAGUUCGUGAAA